AUGAGCUCGAAGAGCGGUUACAUUGAACUCUUAAAGGAUGAACAUAUCCAAAUGCAUGCAAAACUUAUUGAAUUACAAAGAAGAUACGAUAUUCUUGAAGCAUCGAUUUUGAAAGGUAAUGAAGAACGAGAAUUUUCGAAAGGAUCAUUUAUUCAUCGGGUUGUGUCAGCGAUUGCAAAUUUGUAUAAAAAUGGUUUAUAUAGAUGGUAUUUAAGCGGAGGUGGAUGCGAUCAUGUGAUAUUUUAUCCACUUGGCGAACCCAUAAAAUGUACCUUAGAAAUGAGUGGUCAAAUGCAGAUAACUUCUUAA